AUGUUUGAAGGAUUUGUUGCAGAUCUCUUGACAAGAUACCUUGGCAAAUACAUCAAGACAUUAAACACUGAGAACUUAAAGAUUGGAAUAUGGAGCGGCAAUGUAUCAUUGGAGAACCUUGAACUAAAGAAGAGAGCUUUACAGAACUUUAAUAACUUACCAUUCUCGGUGAAGGAGGGAUUCUUGGGAAAGUUGUCGAUAAAGAUACCUUGGAAUAAUCUAAAGACAGAGCCUGUGAUUAUUAUAAUCGAUCGUUUAUAUGUUGUGGCAACGCCAAAGUCACAGGACGAAUGGGAUGAGGAGGACGACGCACUGAAACAAAAGAAGAAGUUGGACAGGCUGCGAAUAUACGAGUCGUUGAAGGAUGAGAAGAAGCAGGCCAUGCAGAAGCAGAUGUUGCAGACUUCAUCAUCGUCGUUGCAGACGUCCCGCAAUGGCGGACAGGAUGCUUCACACGUCGGCUCAUCUCAGCCGACAUUCACAGAGUCACUGAGGAACAAGAUAGUGGACAACAUACAGAUAUCAAUUUACAACGUACACAUUCGUUUCGAGGACACCCUUACCAACCCUGAGCGACCAUACUGCUUCGGUGUGACACUCGAGCAUCUCAAGGCGCAGUCCACCAACGAGGACUGGCUGCCAACCUUCCUGCACACUCCGCACACGCUAGUACACAAGUUGAUCACAUUGCAGAACUUGUCAGUAUAUUGGGACACUCAUUUGGAAUCACCUCUGCUACAGUGUGGCAAUAUCAAUGAGUUGGUGACGAGGAUGUCUAGUCUGAUUCACUCCAAGUCAAUACCCAACUUGGUACACAACUAUCUGUUGCGACCAGUGUGUGGCUCACUCAAACUGAUCAUCAACAAGUCUGUAAUACCCAACAAGAUGAUACCGGCCUACACGUUCAACUUUGAGUUCAGCGAGAUCAAUCUGGAGCUCGACUCUAAUCAGUACUGCGGCAUCAUGGCGCUGGUCGAGUACUUCUCCAUCCUGAAGAAGGGCGAGAAGUAUCGCCGGUUCAAGCCAAAGAAUGGCCUGUCCGACAGCAAGGACCGCUGGCGCUUUGCCAUCGACUCUGUACUCAGCGACAUCCGCGAACGACUAUCCACCUGGAAGCGUGGAUUCAUCGAGAGUCGCAGGAAGCAUCGACUAGAGUACAUCACAUUGUAUAAACAAAAGAAGAAGAAGAAGAUUCUGUCCACAGACACGAAUAGACUACAUCGAUUGGAGGCAUUGGAGAAGGAGUUCUCAUUUGAGGAUCUGGUGUACUUUAGAUCAUUGGCAGAUGCAGAGUUAAAGGGUGAAGAGUCCUUCUCGAAGGAGAAGGCGCCAAUGUCACCAUCUGUUGGACCAACAUCACCACCUCCAGUUCACCAUGGUGCAUCCAACGUCAAUGCCAACGCCACUGGCACCACAACCACCACUGGUACAACAUCCACAUCCACCACAUCCACAUCCUCAACUUCCACAACCAUUGCCAAUAGUGCUGGCGGGGGUGGUGGAUGGUUUAGUUGGCUAGGCUGGGGAGGCCAGCCAAAGCAUGGUGAGCCACAAGAAGACGACAUACUCAACAACCUCGAGCUGACUGAUGAGCAGCGCCGUGCACUCUACUCCACGAUCGACUAUGACGAGCACCAGACCACGGCCAACAUUGUUUAUCCCAAAGACUAUGUCAAGACGAGGAUGAACUUCUCAAUGAGCAAAGGAUCAAUCGCUCAGAGAUUGGUCAAUGGCAAUCAGAUUGGACAACAGCAGCAGCAGCAACAACAACAUUCCAAAUCAGAUGUUGUUAUUGUACUCACCAAUGUGACACUCAAGUUGGACAAGUUUGUAGAGUCAUUGUACUUUCAAACGAUACUCGAGACUAUACACGUGGAGGACCGCUUCACAGAGAACACAGUGUUCCCCAUCCUUAUGGGUCCACUCAAGAACUCACUCCUUACAUCAUGCCAUCAAGACCACAAUAACAACAUCAACAAUAGUCCAAACUCAUAUAUCGAUCAAACCCUGACAACUACAACAACAACGAACAACACCGAUCUUGACACUGACCUAUCAUCGCAUAUCGAGCACACUGACGACACGACAUCGACUCUCAGCGAGUACCAUGACACCAAUGACACGCAACCACUCUUUGAGAUGACCAUCCAAGAGAAUCCACUCAACUCUGACGCCAACUACUACAUCUUCAUCGAGACCUUACCCCUUGAGGUAGUCUACAGCAAGUCAAUCCUGGACUCUGUUUUGGAGUUCUUUGGCAAUGCACCAUCCAACACACUCAAGGAUAUUGAGGAGGCGGCAAGGAACCAGAUUAAGGUCUUCAAGGACAAGACAACCUUGAGGAUACAGUAUGAGUUACAAAAUCACAAGUCCAUUGAUUUGGACAUCAAUAUCAAUGCACCACAUAUAUUGGUUCCACAAAGCUUCACAGAUCAGAGUGCACCUAUAUUGGUGCUUGACCUUGGAUCAUUCUCAUUGAACAGUUCCACUACCAACAAAUCGACAAUCAUCGAUCCCAAUGACAGUGGUGAGGACAGCGAUGACUACAUACAUGAGGAUCUCAACAGUCUGAGCUCAAGUACAAUCCUUAGUCGUGACUAUGGUGAGAUCAAUGAGAGUGUGCCCAAGUACCUCUACGACCUAUAUGAACUACAACUCAAGAACAUCCAGUUCUUCAUCCUCUCCAACAAACAAUACCUACCCCUUGUAAAUAGAUUCGACAUCAACUUCUCUAUAUUUAAGUGUAUACUACAAUCACAGACAUUAUUGACCAAACUAAAAUUGUUUGGCGACCUACCAUCACUCAAUAUCCAACUUUCACAACAGACCAUCGAGAUGCUCAUUCGUAUAUUGGACUCGAUAGCACCUGAUGACUUGCCUCCACCACCAUCUUCAUCCAAUAAUUACAACAACAACAACAAUAGCAACAACAACAACAAUGGCAUCAACAAUAUGGAGAGUAAUACAACACAUCGAAGACAACCUAGUCAAGAUAUGCCGCAGUACAUGCAUCAUCAUCAUUCCAGCGAGGAUGAGACACAGAACCUGAUCAACACGAUCGAGCAACUGGAGCUGGCGCCACAAGAUCAACUCCCAAUCCUCAUGAUCUACAACACAAUGUUUGAAGUCAUCUUCUCCGUGCCUACGGUCAACGUCGUCGUCCUCGAUCAAGACAAACCAUUUGUCAGCUGUUCCUUUCAGACAUUGGUGCCAAGGUACAUAAGAGGACAUAUGACUUGUCGAUCCUGCUCUCGCUGA